AUGGUUCGUGUUAUUACGAUUACACUAGCCGCCGUGUUGUCUACUUUUCUAGUAUCGGCGGCAACUAUUCACAAGAGACUCAUUGGCGGAGAAUAUGCCAAGGGCGGUGAAUUUCCAUUUAUUGUUAGUAUACGACAAAGCGGGAGUCAUAUUUGCGGAGGCAGUUUACUAGACAGCACUACCGUUCUUACUGCUGCUCACUGUAUUAAAUGUCUUGACUUUGUCAAAGCAGGAACACUGGACAGUCGCCAGGGCGGAGUAGAAGUGGAGGUUGUAUCCGCUGCGUUGCACCCUCGUUACUCCCGGAUCCGGCAUCAUGAUGAUAUUGCCAUCUUGAAACUAGCAACUCCGAUUGAGGAGAGCGACACGAUUCGCUAUGCAACGCUACCGGCCAGCGGCUCGGAUCCCGAGCUGAAUACCACCGCAGUAGUCGCGGGCUGGGGCUUGGACGGUCGCAACACGGGUCCUGCUGACAAACUCAGCAAGGUGAAUAUUACGAUUCACGAGCGCGGCGAGUGUUCAGAGAAACUCAAAUUGGGCGCGGUUGAAGACAUAAUAUGCGCUGGCGACGAUGGCAAGGAUGCAUGCGAGGGGGACAGCGGCGGUCCUCCUGUCGACCCCGUGACGGGACAUGUCAUCGGCCUCGUGACAUGGGGGCAGUGCCGAGAUCCUCCCACGGCAUAUACCAGGGUCAGCAGCUACAUCGACUUUAUCAACGGAUUCGUUGGAGGCUCUGAUUCUAGUCCCCUUUUCAACUUAGGGCGUAAAUGUCGGGAUCUGGUUCAGUCGGUCGGGAAUGCCACUGGCCCCGGUGACGCUGGCAUUCCUUCGACCCCAACUGGGGAAGAGGAAGAGGAAGAAGAAGAGGAAGAGGAAGAGCAAGGCCCGACGGCUUUUGAUGUUUUGAUUGCAAAAAUUAGGGAGCUGGCAAAACAAUGUGGCUUGAAAGAAAACGAAAAGAUGACUCCAGAAAUACAAAAGUGUAUUGCACGGUUACAUGAAGAAGGUGUAACACGGCGCUGA